AUUAUUAUAAAUUUAGUUUUAACUAUAUUUACAUUAAGAAUAAUUUUAAUUAUAAUUAUAUCCACUUUUUCUAAAAAAAGAAAAAAUUGACGGGAAAAGAUAAUUCCAUUUGAAUGUGGGUUUAAUUUUUUCAAUUCAGCACAAAUACCAUUUUCAAUUCGAUUUUUUUUAAUCGCAAUCUUAUUCAUUAUUUUUGACGUUGAAAUUGCUUUAAUUUUACCAUUGUUAACAACAUUUUUUUCAACUAGCCUAAAAAUGUGAAUUUUUUCAUCAUUUGCGUUAAUAUUAAUCAUUUUAAUAGGAACUUUAAUUGAAUGAAAAGAAAAUUCAUUUGAAUGAAAAAAAUAA